AUGGAACAGCAGGAAUUGGUCGUCGCCUGCGCAAGGGCAGCCGUGCGCUGGCUGAAAAAGCCGCCAGAGCACCACCAUGCCGAUAGGCACAGGAAGGCCUGGGCGGCCGCGAAGACGCUCAGUGCCGUCGAGCAGUCAUGCGUCAGCGUGUCGCGGGCGGGCUUCUCGUUGCGUGGUCCGGCUGAAGCACUCAUACCGCUCGCGCGUAUCACGCGAUGGGGCCACGACGCGAGCGACUUCUUCGUCGAGGCUGCCGCGGCCGACGCAUCCGCUGUCACGAAUCGCACCGAGGGCAUGAUACGAAUCGUCGUGGGGACGCGGGAUGGCGCUCGUUUGGCGACGCUUCUACGUAACCAUGCCAUACGGGCCUUACGUGCCAUCGACGCUGCAGCCGCGGCGGCGCGCCCGCGCGUGAACCGUCGACGCUCGGCGGUGGACGAGGCGCUCAUCGCUGCGGCGUCGCCGUUGAAGCCGUCCGCGCCUAGAGACGACGGACGAGUAGCGAUUAUCCAGGCGCGCUGGCGCGGCGCUCGCUUACGACUAGCGUGGCGCCGAGAGGAGUCGGCCCUCGUCCUCCAGGGCCUCUGGCGCGGAUGUGCAUCACGAGGCCCCCAGGUUCGGACGAGCCAAUUGACGCGUCGAGAAUAGCACGCGGUGUUCUUGUCUUGUAAGAUGUUCUAACAAU